AGCUCUGGAUUUUGUGACGUCAUACCUAACGGCACUUGAUCGGCGCAAAAAAAAAAUAGAGUUUCACGUGCAUUUAAAACUCUGACAAAAUGCGUGAAGAGACGAAGCAGAGACUAUGGAUGCAAAUGAAGAAAAAAUAUGGUGAAGACAGAUUAUCGGAGGGCGAAUGGAAAAAGUUAAAGGAAGACUUUCUACAGAGCUGGAACAAACCAUGUUAUAUAUCCAUACAAACUAUGGAUAAGUUAUCUAAAGACCAAUUGGCCGAAGCUGCUUUGCGCGAAAAACAGAGGAAAGCGUCCAUAGCACCUGACCAAUCUAUGCCAGUUCCUCGGGAGCACGCUGUCCUUGAAAAUGGGGAGCAGUCGCUGCUAUUAAAGAGCAAACGCAGAACGAAACUUGAGACAAACCCGACAUCAACUCAUGACGGAUCUACUUCGCCUUCUGAGGAGCUCACUGACUCGUUAAGAUGUAGACCCAGUUUGCUUUCUCUGGACCUGUGUGGCCCUGAAAAGGAGGAGCAAUCGCAAUCCUCAAAGACUAGCCAAGGCGCGGUCAAAGCUCAGGCUAAACCGGUAGCAACUCCUGACGGCCCUAUUCCGCCUCCUCGGGAGCACACUGGCCUUGAAAAGGGUGGCCAAAAGCGAUCAUCAAAGCCUAGUCACAACUCAGUCAAAGCUGACAUAGAACCUAGAGCAACUCCUGACGUACCUUUUAAGUCUACUCAGAAGCUCAUUGGCCCAUCAAAGCGUAAACCCAAAACGCUUUCAUUCGACCUCCAAGGCUCUGAAAAGGCGGAACAAUCAUUAAAGCCUAGCUACGGCGCGGUCGAAACAGAUGGAUCUAUUUCGCCUCAUCGCGAGGCGAAACAAUCGAUAGUAUUGAAGCGUAGAUCUAGUUCCAGAGGCGGGCCAGAACAAGCACCGACUCCUGACGGACCCACUGAGCUUGAAAAGGCGGACCAAAAGCGAACAAAGAAGCCUAUUAAAGCUGUGGCAAAAUCGCCAGAGACUAGUGAAGGAUCUAUUCAACCUGCUCGGGAGCUCACUGGCUCAUCGAACUCAACUCAACGUAGACCCAACUCGAGUCCUCUGCUCGGCCCUAACCCCGAAAAGGUGGACAAAUUGGGACCAUCAAAGCUUAGCGAUAGCUCGGUCAGUGCUGACGGAUCUAUUCUGCCUUCUCUAGAGAACACAGUGAUAAAAAAAGAGGUCCAGCCGCGCCGAUUAAAGCGUAUACCCAGCUCCAGAGGCGGUCCAGAACUAGCAGCCACUCAUGACGGAGACAUUCCGCCUGUUUGGGAAAACACUGGUCCAUCGAAGCGUCGACCCAAAUCGAUUCUUCCGGAACUGCAAGGCCCUGAAAAGGAAGCAAAAUCGCUGGCAUCAAAGCGUAGACCGAGUUGCAGAGGCGGGCCAGAACCAGAACCAGCACCAGCACCGACUUUUGAGCUUAAAAAAGCGGAAAAAUUGGGACCAUCAAAGCUUAGCGAUCGCUCGGUUAAAGCUGAGGAAAAACCGCCGGCGACUCCUGACGCUGAUAUUUUGCCAACGACUCCCGAAGGAUCUACUACAUCCAGCCCUGAGCUUAAAAAGGUUCAGGCAGAUAUAUCGCGUUCAUUGAAGCAUACAAAUUCUGAUAAACAGCGCACUCGCAUCUUAAAAAGGCGUCGCGACACCCUGAAUUCUGGCUGGCAGCGUAAGGAACUCAGAGAAUCGCUUGACGAUUUGCCCUUGUCUGAAUGGCGGAAUCAAAUAUUAAACCGCAAUGGCACUAAAACUGACGGAAAAAACCGUGAAACUAUAGAAAACCAUAGCCCCAAGUCUCAAGUGUCUCCAGUGUCAGUUAAGCGUAAACCACCGACUGAGCCUACCAUAACAAUCCCAAUGCAGCCAAUUAAGAGAAGGAGGCAAACACAUGUUCCAAUUAGCCGACAUCUGGAGAGUAUUCGUUCAAUGCCUGAGAUUGAAAUGGGUCCUACUCCUAUCGAUUUACGCACUGACAUAUUGGAGGAAUCUGAAAAGCAAUCUGAUAUUAAUCAUUUGCCCAGGGCCGUGCAAAAGAACCAAGACAGCAUUGAUUUAGAAAAGGCAGCAGAACUUGUGGAAUAUGCUCCGGAGUUGGCCGACAGCACCAUGGCGACCUGCUGGACUGAGGAGCAAAUCGAUUUAAGCAACGAGAACAAUGUGGACGACAUUGAGAUACCACUUUUCGAAUUGGAUGAUGAAGGUGAUCGAACACCGGACAUAGAUCGUUGCCUAAAGAUCUUCACCAGUAAAACGCCAAGCGAAAUUGAUGAUGAAUUGGCCAACACCACGGAGUUCUUUGAACGCUUGCCUAAUUCCUCCACAGUCGAUUUGGAAAAGGCAGACCUCAUGCUCACUGGCGUGGAGGAGGAGGUUCUUGACUAUGAAGAGGACAGGGACGAUGAUGUCUUAUCGGUUACGGCUACAUCUUGGGAUGGCAUGGAUGAAGUGGAGAAAAAACCAGAGACUACGGCAGUUUCAUUAAGAAAUUAUCGCAUACCACGAAUUACCAGUGAGGUACUCAAGUCGCAGCCGAAAAUAAUGCGCUCGCUGUACAUCAAGGAGGAGACACUGAACGAAAAGGAACAGGCGGAGCCACAGAAGCGGAUAUUAACGCCACGGAAAUCAUCAGGGCCUACCACAUCUAUAGCUUUCGAUGGGGCGUCGUUUGUGCUCGACCAACAUGAAGUGCCACCUCCAACAUUGCCGGGUGCUUUACCUUUAGAGGCUACCCCAAUAAUGCAAUCGCUGUACGAUCAGAAACAGAGCACAAUCGGCCAUAACGCAUAUUCAGUGCCUCCAGUACGCACACCAAUAAUACACACGCUUAACGGACAUGCACAGAGUAACAUAGAAGCACAAACCUUAUAUUCAGUGCCUCCUCCCACAGCUCUUUCUUUAGCGGUGCCUCUAACGUCUUCAGUACGUACUCCAAUAAUUUACUCAACUAACAACCAGGAAGAGAGACAGAUUCAGGAGAUUUCACAAGCGCACAACCAAUAUCCAGUGCCUUCUUCAGCUUCAGUCGCACCAACGCUAUAUUCAGCGCCUGCUCCAAUUGUAAGGCAGCUACAGGAUAACCCCACAUUGAUUAUGCCUGCUGCAACAGUGACUCCGUCGUUGGGCAAUCCACGUGCCCAGGCAUUAGCCGCUCGACAUGUUACCGAAUCCCAACCGAAAUUUGAUCCGCCUUAUCGUGCUUCAGGUGGGAUGGACAAUUCUUCUCGUGCGAGCGAUAAUAAAUGGUUUAGUUGUGAGUACUUGAUGGUGAAUUUGUUUGGAAUCAAGUGCUAUGCAAAUCUAGACGAUGAAUGCACCGCUCAAAGCUGUAAUCAUACAUUCACCGCCAUCGCAGAGGUUACCCGGAAACUGAUGAGACUGGAUGAGAAUACCCUGGUAUUCACAUAUCACCGAAUUGUAAUGCAUAGUCAGCGCCUUUUCCUUACAUUCGCUUCUGUUUAUGUUGAUGUAUUCGAUUCACUCAAUCUGCAGACCGACUUGUUUCACUUGCUGAUGACUUGUCGAUUGUACAAGCCCUUUUGUGCUUCCAUUAUUAGUAAAGUCUUCAGUGCCAUGAAAAGUAAGGGCUUGGAAACGCAGGCAACGCGUUGCAUUAUGGAGUACCUAUGGAUGCCCAGUAAAGCGCAUGAAUUCAGGGAAAUUACAUUAACAAUAUUACAACUUCUAGCAACCUCCAAUUGGUACAUUUAUACUGAUAAUAUGGUCGAACUAUGCCAGACACAAGGGUUCUACUUACCACCUGAGAUAUUGAUAACCAUUCUCUCGUCGACCAACGGCAGACCCGAAUUGAAACACGAGGCUAUUAAGCUCUUGUGGGUCAUGCGAGUCGGCUCUGGGGAAUCGAACGCAGAGCUUAAAAAAGCUAUCGAGAUGUUUGGGGAACAAAACACAUGUCCGAGCCCUCCUUACUUUCCCUAGACUAUGAGAAGAGCACCAGUUGACGUUGACCCAAUAUAUUAUAUGUAAUUUAAAAUCAUAAAAUCUCACGCUGUUGAACAGCAGAAUCCUAACCAAAUCAGGAUAUAUUUAGGUUCGCGAUUAUAACAUCCCAUUGGACUUAACAUUUAUAAAUGUACAAACAUGUUUGUAUUAAGAUAAUUAUGAUAAUUAAAUAAAACAGGACUAAUAACUAAA